AUGCAUACCGACACCCGUGAGGAUCAAUGGUGCAAAGAUGCCGAUUCCAAGCUCAUGAACUUUGGUGUUCUAUACUGCGUCGGAUGGAUUACUCCUGAUAAUCAAGACUUCGACACCAUUGAUCUGGUGUUCUCCUAUCCUUCAAACAAUCGCCGUCCGCCGAUAUCAAUGCAUUCCUAUCUUCGGCUGCGGCUUGAAAACAAGAUACCCCGAAACUUAUUGGUGUGCAGCCGGCCUCCACUCGGUGCCCGAUUCAAUCUCGCCCUGGGCCUCGCCCGCCUCUACGCUAAUUUCAUUUCGGUUGGUUAUCUUCACCGAGGGAUUAAUAGCCAUAACAUUCUCUUUUUUUCGAACGACAUUAAUCAGCCCUAUCUGGUAGGCGUAGCUGAAGCAAGACCUGACCAGAUUCCACACCAAUCGUCACUGCUGUCCACUGACUAUAUGGACCGCGAGCUAUACUGGCCAUGGUGCACUGUCACCAGAGAAUCCAGUACCGAGCCAAGUACUGCGUCGUGGUGUACUGCUACCGAUCUUUACGGCUUAGGAGUGGUCCUAGUAGAAAUUGGCCAUUGGCGUACGGCCAGCAAUAUCUGCGGCGACGCCAGUGUCCAGGAAUUCCAUGAGACCUUACUCCCUCGGGCGGUCGACAAACUCGGCUAUCUCAUGGGCGAUCUUUACCGAGACGUGGCGAGGUGGUGUUUUAAUGCCAAGAGGGAUAUAUUUGGCUUGCAGAUGUAUAAGCAAUACUCUGCGAUGGUUCUUGCGCAGUUGGAACGUUGUUCAGCCUAA